AUGGCUGCCUUAUUGUACUUAGUGAGUUUGUCAGAGAUAUUUGACAUCUCCAACAUUUAUAUUUUAAAGUCAUGGGGGAAAUCAGCUAAAAUUUAUAAUCUGAAAAAUCAAACAAAUUAAUUUGAAUGUUAUGACCUGUAUAUGGUGUUUUUGACUGACUAUCAGUGGUAGGGUUGAAUGUGUGUUGUGUAGAGAGUUACUGGUGUGUAUAAAGUGCAGGAGGUUUUUGUACGGCCGUUCAAUGAGUCUGUAUCACUGUGGAGGACUUUCGGUGGUGGCACCAAACUCAUCAUUGACUGUAAGUACAAGAGGUUCAUUCCUUUUUAUAAUACAUUCAAUUGAACAUUUAUAAAAUCACAAAAAGUCAAAAUUGUUAAAUAGUUGUCGUUUUGAAUGUUUAAUUUAUUUUUAUACCGAUUAGUUGCAAUGUUUCUAUAUACUGUAAUGAUCAUUCAAGGACAGAAACUUCAUAUACCAAAUAUCCACCAUUAGAAAAUAAUAGUUUGAUGUGUUGGAUGUCUUUAAAUACACAAAAACAGUUCAGCAGCAUUAUAAAAAUGUUUUCAUUGUAAGCACGUAAGUUUUGUUUAUGUACUGUACUUUAACGCAUCACUGAACUUAGUGUGUGCUCAUGCUUCAUAGAUGUUAUUAGAGGGAAGUAAAAGAGUGUGUAGUAUAUAUUUAUAGAUAACCUGUCAUUUUCACAAACUAUUUUAUAUAAUACAAAUAUCAGAUUUGUUUCUUCAUGUUAAAGUUGUUGAAAGUUCUUCAAGGUUCUUGUCCAGUUUACCCCUUACAUGUCAUCUCUCCUGUCCCCCCUCCCCUUCUCUCUCCUAGUGGGUGUGGUACGUCCCUCCCUGACCGUCCUACUCCCCUCCAGUGAGGAGCAGGACAAGGGGAAUGUUGCCCUAGUGUGCCUGGCCAACAGGGGCUUCCCGGGGGGCUGGAAGCUGGGUUGGAGGCUGGGGGCCGGGGGAGCCUUGCAGGGCAGCCAGAGUCUGGAGGUCCUGGAGAAGGACGGUCACUACAGCUGGAGCAGCAGCCUCACCCUCCCCACUGACCAGUGGAAGAAUGCUGGCUCAGUCACCUGUGAGGCCACCCUAAAGGACCAGACCCCUGUCACUCACACACUGGAGCCACGCCACUGCUCCCAGUAG